AUGGGCUACUAUCCAGACUCAGACUCAGCCUCCGAGGGUGGUACCAAUUGGGCCCCUCUUGUCGCUUCUCUUACCGAGCUCGCGGAUACACGCCCUCCUUACACUGCCGGGACACUGCCUCUUCCGGAGUCCACCUUCCAUCUACACUACACCGACGCCAACGGCGAAGCCCGUGUCAUCAACCUGCUGUCCGCGUCGGGCGAACAACUUCAUGCCCUCAGGAACGCUUGCGAGCCAGCGAGCUUCGGUCGUGGUGGCCAGGACGUCAUGGAUGACAGCUACCGCAAGGCCGGGAAGCUUGAUGCCUCGCGCUUUGCUACACCCAUCGUUCCCGAGCGCACUGACCUCGCCCGCAUAGUGCCUGACUUCCUGCUCGAGGGUGAAGAUAACAAGACGGCGAUUCAGAUGGAGAUGUAUAAGCUUAACAUAUACGGCAAAGAUUCAUUCUUCAAGGCUCAUGUUGAUACGCCGCGCGGGGAGCGUAUGCUAGGCUCUCUUGUGCUCGUCUUCCCCACUGCACACAGUGGCGGCGAGCUUGUCUUGCGCCCCGAGACUGGCGACGCGUACACAUUUGACUCCGGAAAGGUGUUGACACCCGGCGAUGCCCGUAUCGGUUUUGCCGCUUUCUUCAGCGACGUCGCGCACGAAGUCCUUCCAGUAACGGAUGGGCAUCGCAUCACCCUCACGUACAACCUUUACGCCGUGGAAGCCCACCCAAGAGUCGAAACGCCCACAACGUUCUCCGAGAUCAUGACACGGUGCUCCGAUGAGCUCUCACGCAUACUCGCAGACGAGACUAUGCUGCCAGACGGUGGCCUUCUCGUGUUUGGUCUGCGCCACAUGUAUCCGGUCACCACCAACACCAAUAUCGCUAAAACCUCGAAGUGGCUGAAGGGCGUCGAUCGUCUUUUGUGGAACCUGCUCGCGCGGAUGGACCUUGCCCCGGCUAUGCAGCUUCUGUACGAGUCCUACGGCUGGAGAGACCAGGACCCGCGCGGACUCAUCGGCGAAGUGGCCGAUCUGGACAAUAUAGAAGAAGAGUGGGAUGCCAGCGAUGUCGUUAAGCGCGAGGGUACGCUGAAGGCCGAAGGUAUCAGCCGCAAGAACGUCGUGUGGGUGACUCCGGUCACCAAGCUAACGAGGAUCGAGCAAGCUCACACCACAUACGGAAACGAAGCGCAGACAGACUGGGCUUAUGCGGACCUUUGCCUUAUAGCACGCGUGAAGUCGUAUGCAGCGCGCAGCGCGGCUUAG